UCCUUCUUUGGCCUCGUCUAUGCCUCGGUCCUAGUCCGGCUAUUGUGUGUCUUUCGGGGCAACCCUGACCUAUUAGCAGGCGGUAAUUUCUGAUAUUUUAAACUGUUUUGCUUAGCGGCUCCACCGCCAUAUCAAGCAGUCUUUGUCAGCUGGCGGCGUGUCCUCGCUUUAAAGGGGUAAAAAGGAUCCCAGUGAAGGACUCUGUGCUGGUGAAGUAGUUAAUCGGUAUGGGACAGACGGAAGACUGAGAUUCCACGUUUGUGUCGCCCGUUUCCACUUAAGGUUGUCGACGUGAAAUUGAAAACGCUGGGGGGGAAGCUUGCAGGACGCAUGUAGCCGACGCACCACACUGCUACUGCUUUUGAGGCUUGACGAUGGGUUGUGUCAGGAGUAAAGAGGACAAGGGCCCGGCUCUGAAAUACCGACCAGAAAACUCAAAUGCUGCUCCGGCCAGCUCACUCCUGGGCCACUAUGGGCCUGAACCCACCCUGAUGGGUCAUUCACCUGCUAUGAAUUCUCACAACAACAGCUAUAACAGUCACGCUGCUAACCUCACACCCUUUGGUGGGACGUCUUCAGUCAUGACGCCCUUUGGUGGAGCCUCCUCCUCCUUUACUUCAGUGGCCGUGAGCAGCCCUUUUCCCAGUGUCAUCUCAGGUGGCGUAACAUUUUUUGUAGCAUUGUAUGACUACGAAGCGAGGACAGCAGAUGAUCUGUCUUUCAAAAAAGGGGAUCGCUUUCAGAUUAUCAACAACACGGAAGGCGAUUGGUGGGAGGCUCGCUCCAUCAACACUGGACAGAAAGGUUAUAUCCCCAGUAACUAUGUGGCUCCAGCAGACUCCAUACAGGCUGAAGAAUGGUACUUUGGUAAAAUGGGCCGCAAAGAUGCUGAACCAUUAUUGGUUCCAGGAAACCAGCGGGGCACUUUCUUGGUACGAGAGAGUGAGACAACAAAAGGUGCCUAUUCCCUGUCCAUCCGGGACUGGGAUGACGUAAAGGGAGACAACGUCAAACACUACAAGAUCCGCAAAUUGGACAGCGGUGGUUAUUACAUCACAACAAGAGCCCAGUUUGAGUCACUACAGAAGCUGGUGAAACACUACACAGAACAUGCCGAUGGUCUGUGCUACAGGCUGACAACUGUGUGUCCCACAGUAAAGCCACAAACUCAGGGACUAGCCAAGGAUGCCUGGGAAAUCCCACGAGAGUCACUCCGGCUGGAGGUCAAACUGGGGCAGGGCUGCUUUGGAGAAGUUUGGAUGGGCACAUGGAACGGUACAACCAAGGUGGCAAUCAAGACCCUGAAGCCGGGCACCAUGUCUCCAGAGGCUUUCCUGCAAGAGGCUCAGAUUAUGAAGAAGCUGAGACAUGACAAACUGGUACCUCUCUAUGCUGUGGUGUCUGAGGAGCCCAUAUACAUUGUUACCGAGUUUAUGGGCAAAGGUAGUUUACUGGACUUUCUGAAGGAGGGAGAUGGGAAGUAUCUGAAGCUUCCCCAGCUAGUGGACAUGGCUUCACAGAUUGCAGACGGCAUGGCCUUCAUUGAGAGGAUGAACUACAUCCACAGGGACCUGAGAGCUGCCAACAUCCUGGUGGCAGAUAACCUGGUCUGCAAGAUCGCCGACUUUGGCCUGGCUCGUCUCAUCGAGGACAACGAGUACACUGCCAGACAAGGUGCUAAAUUCCCCAUCAAGUGGACAGCACCUGAAGCUGCCUUAUAUGGACGCUUUACUAUUAAAUCAGACGUCUGGUCGUUUGGUAUCCUGCUGACUGAACUUGUGACCAAGGGCAGAGUACCAUACCCAGGCAUGGUGAAUCGAGAGGUACUUGAGCAGGUAGAGCGAGGUUACCGCAUGCCCUGCCCACAGGGUUGCCCCGAGUCACUCCACGAGAUGAUGAAACAGUGCUGGAAGAAGGAGCCGGAUGAAAGGCCGACCUUCGAGUAUAUCCAGUCCUUUUUAGAAGACUACUUCACAGCUACAGAGCCACAGUACCAGCCAGGAGACAACCUCUAGUUGGGGGGGGAUUUGGGGGAGAACUCUGGCAUAUCGGGGUACAUCAGUGGAGAUCAACACUCGGGAAUACAAAUAAGUUCAAUAAGGCUGCAAAUGCUUUGCUGAAGCUGCAGAAAAAUAAUUUUUUACAAAGUUUUCUAUAGGAAACUGGCAUACCUGACGCUGGCUUUUGGAAGUGGAGGUCUGUCCCUUGUGUACCUGGGGACCAAAUAUGUGGGGAACUGUCUAAGCGUGCAGAUCAGUGCCGGCAGGUUAAGCUCUGAGAACUUGAAUCACAAUAAUGCAUAUAGGCUGGCCACAACACUGUGAUCCAAAUUUUUUAAAUUAAUGGUUACUUGCAUAUGCAUUUUUUUUUUUUAAUAAACUUUUUUAAUGAGAAGUUCCCCCCCCCUCCUCCACCCCCCCCCCUUUUUUUUUUAUUUUUCAACAAAAGUCUUUGAUAUUGGAGUGAGAUCUUUUAUAUGUAUAUGAGUUUGGUAUGAAAAUGUAGGUUGAUAAUAACAGACAGGUGACAAAUUAAAGGAGGAGGAAAAAAUACUGCAUUUGAGAGUCGACAUUUGCAGUGAUUAAGUGGGCACAAAAAAGGCCAAGGAUAUUUUUUUCCCUUUAAUUUAUCAGCCAUAUGUAUGUGUUCAGUGACCAAUAACUGUGUGAAAUGUUAAGUAUGUGCUCUGACUGUAAAGCUUCGGCGUAUUAUGAGGUGGAGUAAAUGAAAAAAGGUGGUACUGUACGAAUGCAAGAAUGUACUACGAGAUCAGCGCAGAUGUACAUACAGUAUGUAUAAAAAUGUAUUUGAGCAGGUGUGAUGAGGUGGAUGAUUUGGGAGUAAGAAGUGUUUUGUAUGAUUCUUUUUUAACACAGUCGCUUGAAUCAGAACUUUUCUUUUUCUUUUCUCUCCCUCCCCCCAUUUAAUCGGGGACUUGAAAUCAUAAAGAGGUAUUUUGAUAAUUUACGAGUGCAAACAGUUUUUCCUGAUUAACAUUUUAUAACAAAGAUUAGACAUUUCAGCUGUGAAAUUUGAUUAAGUUUGAGUUCAUUUUUGUAUCAGAUUUGCUUCUUGUCUAUUUUCCUCUGAUUGCUAUAAAAGAUCCUCACAGAUUUCUCUUCAUGUUGCACACAUCUGGUUCAGGGGUCAACACACAUGGGACUGUGCGUGAAUCUACACUGUCCUUAUUUCUGUUUUUGCUUGAGAGAAGUUUUAUCCAAAGAGACAACCUCAAUCAAGUAUUCUCAUAGUUUUUAAAUGCAGCUUUGCAAAACCGUGUGGUGGUGUUUAAUGAAGCACCUCAAAUGGUAUUUGCAUGUGAACAGGUACCCCACUGCGAUUUUCAUGUUUCAUUUCCCAGUGGUACAGAUAUAUCACUUCACGUGUGAGUUAACUAGAACCAGACAGACAAAGCAAACACCUUGCACACGCUGUGUUCCAGACAGGGCUUUAGUGCUUUUACAGAUCAAAAUCUAAUAAAUUCUUAGAAGGGCUUCCACUCUCUGUCCAGCUGUGUGUGUGUGCCUGUGUGCGUGCGUGUGUGUGUGUGUGUGUGUGUGUGUGUGUGUGAGAGAGAGAGAGAUGGGAAAUUUGGGGCAAUUCAGUAUGAAAGCUAUAAAGAUGUGAACUUUUUUCUUUUUUUGUUGGUAAUUUUUCUGUUCACUAAAAGAACGUGAUUGUUCUUGGAAAACAAACAAAAAAAAACAUGGGGACUUGAACUAGUUGGGACAUGAAUAAUGAAAUUAAUGAGAUAAGUUACUAAUAUGAUUUUUGUACAGGGGAAAAACUAAAUAAAAGGUUUACU